AUGAACAAUAUUCGUGGUAAAAAUGGCAUCAACAUCACCACCACAUGGUAUUGUUCUAUUGAAACAUUGAAAUUCCAUGACAAAAGCACGCACAAAUCAGCAAACAAAAGAUCUCAAAGCACUUUUGAUUUCACAUAUAAAAACUUAUUUGCUAUAAUAAUUCAGUUAUGGGUGGAAAGUUUUUGUUAUCCACCUAACAUCAACGACAGUAUUGUUAGCAUGCAUAGCGCAUGA